AUGUGUGGCAAAGCCUUUACUCAGGGCUCACACCUCACUAAACAUCGGAUAAUCCAUACUGGAGAGAAACCUUACCGAUGUAAUGAAUGUGGCAAAGCCUUUACCAAGCGUUCACACCCUAGGCAUCAUGGGAGAAAUUAUACUGGAGAGAAGUCAUAUCCAUGUGUUGAAUGUGGCAAAACCUUUCAGUAAUGGUCUGACGUCAGGAUUCACCAAAGAAUUCAUGCUGGACAGAAACCUUUCAAAUGUAAUGAGUAUGGAAAAGCCUUUACUCAAGGCUCACACCUCCGUACACAUCAAAUAAUCCAUACCAGAGAGAAACUUUACAAGUGUAAUGAGUGUGGCAAGGUCUUCAGUCAAAAUUCACACCUUAUAAAUUCCUGGAGAAUCCAUACAGGCGAGAGACCUUUCAAAUAUAAGGAGUGUGGCAAAUCCUUCAGCACCCAUGCAAGCUUAAAUAAACAUCAGGUAAUCCAUACGGGCGAGAGACCUUACAAAUGUAAUGAGUGUGGCAAGGCUUUUAUCACGGGCUCACACCUUAGACUUCAUGAGAAAAUUCAUUCUGGAGAAAAAACAUACAAAUGUAUUGAAUGUGGCAAGGCUUUUAGACAAUGGUCUGACCUCAGGAUUCACCAAAGAAUUCAUCCUGGAGAGAAACCUUACAAAUGCCAUGAGCGUGGCAAAGCCUUUACUCAAGGCUCACCCCUCACCAGUCAUCAGAUGAUCCACACUGGAGAGAGCCUUAUAAGUGUACUGAAUGUGGCAAGGCUUUUAGGUAUUGCCUUAAACUCAGGGUUCACCAAAUCAUUCAUAUUUACAAAUGCAACAAAUGUGGCAAUGUUUUAAAUUAGUACUCUUCACUGGAUAUGAGUAAAUAUCCUGGAGAGAAACCACACAGAUGUAAUGUGUGUGACAAGGAUUUUACCCAAAGAUCAAAAGUUCGGGAACAUACUAGACCAUAUACCUUAUAAAUGCAAUGAGUGUGGCAAAGCUCUUAGCUUGAGUUCCAAGUAUUUUGCAACAAGAGGCGAUGUUGAAAGGAAACCACGUAAGUGUUUGUGGCAGAGCCAUUAUCCAGUCCUUGCAGAGAAAUCACAGAAAACUAAUGUGCGUGCUAAGGCUUUUGCCCCAAGGCCAAAACAUCAGAGGAUUUAUAUUGAAGAGCCACCUUACAAAUGGAAAUAAUGUCAUAAGGCUUUCAUUAAGUGCUCACACCUUUGGAGUAAUGAGAGAAUUUAUGCAGGGAAACUAUACCAAAUAUGCUGAAUGUGGAGAACCUUUAAGACACUGUGCGUCCUUAGGAUUCACCAACAAAUUGGUACUGGGGAGAUUCCUUGCAAAUCCUUACAAAUAUGAUAAGUAUUUUGACCAGUUCACAGAACAGACCACACAUUAGAGAAUCCAGGAAUAAUUGGAUCCGACUGGAAUAACUAGGACUUUAGAUCUCGGAGAUUAACCUGAAAUGUUCCACACUGCAUGAUAAUUAUGUCGAAAAUUGUUAAAACUCCUAUAUCAUGAGAACAAGGACAUGUGUGGAAGUAGCUCAUGAUUUUCUGUGUAUAAGAUACUUACCUGAGUUUUCUUGAAAAGGCUAUAUUUUAUGAGUUUGAGUUACAUUUUAUUUAUGAGUUUCACCCUCAAGUUUGAAAUCUGUUGAUCUUAAGCCUUUCCUGAUGGUCUCUGAGGAGCAGUCAUAAGAUGAAGGGGCCUACUUCAUUGUGUGUGACCCAUUCAUUUCUGUGUUCCCUGGAACAGCAAGGACACAGAGUUGUCAGAUUCAAUUUUGUGUGAAUUUGCAUGGGGUAGGGGCAGAGAAUAAUGCAAAAUCACCCUUGAAGUUGUCAUGCGUGUUAUGAUCAGGGCACUCUUCUCUAGAUGAGUUACAGGGACCUUUUCAUGAGAUGAUGGUGAUAGUUUGUUUGCUAGGGACGGAUUAUGUGGUAGAAACAAUGCAGGGGAAGAUAGUAAUAGCUGUGCUAUACUAUCAGUAACAAACUGAUGGAUCAUUAAUGCCAUUUCCCUUUUCUUGGAAAAUGAAGAGAGCAGUUAUCUGAGAGGGCAGUUGAAUCCAGAGAACCAGAACAGUAUGUUCAUGAUUCAUAGUUAACUCCUGCCAUUACAUUUUGCUACUGUUUUCUGCAGGAUGUAUCACAAGUCUCACGUUUUCAUUAAUAAAGUUUAAAUAAUUUUUCCCCAUAA